AUGAGGAGAAAUUACCAAUCACAACAAAUCAACGUUAUUCUAUCCUGGCUGGAUAGAUCACACACAACAGGAGGAACAAAUCAAUAUGGCUACCGCCAAGAACAAGUGUCAAGUAAAACAACACAAAUGCAGUUCAGGAAGAAACACGAACUUAGUGAACGCGUAAGAAAAACAAAAACUAUAAUAAAAAAUACAAGUAUUAACAACUCAAAUGUAAUCAAAAUACAACAAUGUACAACUAAGGGAAUCAAUAGGAACAAAGUACAAGUAUAUACAUGGAGGGAUUUUCACAAACACAUAAGGCAAUUCAAAAUGGAUCUUACACCUAUGAGUAUUCAUGGAACUACCAAUUGCGAUUUAUACUCCAACCUGCUUCACUAUGAUGACUCUGAGUUUCUUAUUCUUUCGUUCAAUGCCCGCUCUCUGUCUAAUAAAAUUAUUCAUCUUAAAACUCUUUUAUUCCUUGUAAAUCCAACCAUUGUACUUAUUACGGAAACGUGGUGUAAUUCAUCUAUAUCCGAUCAUUCCUUGAAUGUAGAUAACUACGUUUUCUUUAGAACCGAUAGAUGUUAUGGAAUAGGAGGCGGUACAAUUAUCUAUGUCCGUUCAGACAUUCAAGCGUGCAAAUUUGAGGAUAAAUCCCUUGAUGCUAUAGAAGACUCCACUUGGGUUACUGUAAACUGUGGAUCCCAAAAUUAUUUACUGGUGGGAUGCAUAAUUAGACCACCUCAUGCGGAUACUAAGUUUGACAGAUUACUAACAAACAUAUUUUCCGUUGCUUCGCAUCAACCGCAUACUUUUAAAAUCAUCGGAGGUGAUUUUAAUCUGCCAAAAAUUACAUGGGGCUUGACUUCGGUACCAGGUCGAUAUAACAAGCUAGUUGAAACAUUAGAAAUUUGUGGAUGGGUUCAACAGGUCCGAAAAUCAACCAGGGGGAAUAAUACACUUGAUUUAAUGUUCACAAUCAACAUAGACUCUAUCUCAGUGCAUACCAGUCAUGAGUUUUUUAUGAGUGACCAUAGAGUUGUAUUGAGCAUUAUUCACUGUUUAAACGCCAUACAAUUGAACUCUAAAGCUUCAAUGACGUACCAGAGCAGAUAUUUUGAUCAACAAACAUGGAAACGGACUGAAACUCUCAUUCGAUGUUUACCAUGGGAAACUUAUUUUACCACAAAUAAUGUUGACAUUGCGCUUUCCAAUUUAUAUCACAACCUGAUAUAUUGUCUUGAUCGCACUGCUCCAGUUAUUGGCCGUGUGGCUUAUAAUGCUAAUAGGGGCCAAAAUACUUUUAAAAGAAAGCUGAGGAAAUUAAAAUACCGCUACUAUGAGCAGAAUGAUGUGUAUGCACUUCAGAGUAUACUUAAAUUAAUCGACAGACAUGCUUCAUCUAAACAUAAGUGUUUCAUGAAUAUAGAAAAUAAAGCUCUACGUAGUAAAAGCCCAGAAUUAUCAAUACUUCGACUUUUUAAAUCCCGUGUAAAGUAA